CUUGCUAAUAGGAGAAUAGAGGGUGGGAAUUUUCUCUCUCCUCUGAGGAGUAGAGAAAGGAGAGUCCUAUCUGUGAAGCCUUUUAAUGGAGGAACAACUCAACCCCUUAGCUGCUACUCAUCUCCUCCAGCACACACUAAGGAGCUUGUGCAUGCAUGACAACUCCCAGUGGGUCUAUGCUGUGUUCUGGAGGAUCUUGCCUAGGAAUUAUCCACCACCCAAAUGGGAUCUUCAAGGAGGGGCUUAUGACAGAACCAGAGGAAACAGAAGGAAUUGGAUACUGGCAUGGGAGGACGGGUUCUGCAAUUUUGCUGCUUCCUCAUGCGAGCAAGCGGCGAUCGACUCGAGGAGUUGCCCUGGGGGCUCCUCAGCCUACGAGCCUCAGCAGAUGAAGGGCCUCAAACCUGAGCUCUUCUUCAAGAUGUCACAUGAGAUCUACAACUAUGGAGAAGGUUUGAUCGGAAAGGUUGCCGCAGAUCACAGCCAUAAAUGGGUGUUCAAGGAACCCAGAGAUCAUGAAAUCAAUUUCCUCUCCACAUGGAACAACCCUGCUGAUUCUCUUCCAAGGACUUGGGAGGCUCAGUUCCAGGAUGGAAUCAAGACAAUUGCUUUGAUUGCAGUCAGAGAAGGAGUUGUACAAUUAGGAGCUUUUAACAAGGUGAUGGAGGACAUAAGCUAUGUGGUUCUACUCCGCAAGAAGUUCAGCUACCUCGAGAGCAUCCCAGGCGUCCUCCUACCGCACCCUUCGUCGGUGGCCUUUCCGGCGAGGAUGGAUGGGUGCAAUGCAUCUGAGAACUGGCCGGCGAUCGCACCGCCCAUGGAGUUCUACGACCACUUCAGCCCGCAGGUAGGGAUCACCCCGUCCAUGAGCAGCCUGGAAGCACUCCUCUCCAAGCUCCCCCCGGUGGGGCCUGCACCAUCCGGGUCCUCAUCGGGGUAUUACGAGAUGCCGCCUGGGCUGGUGUCAGCUCAGAGGCCUCCAAUGGGGUUGGUUGGAAUGGAGAGGGUGGCCAAGGAAGAGAUGGAUCAGGAGCAUAGGAAUGAGAGAGGCAUGGACUUGGGUGGGGAGAGCAGCAGCUCCAUGUCCUAUUAUCUCAAUGCGACUAAGCCAAAGGAGGGGUAGUUUUGAGGAGGAACACCUCGAGCAAAAUGGAGACACUGACUGAGAGUAGGUGUUCAAGACUGCAAGUAUUGAGAGCUGUUCUUAUUCUACGCAACUUCAUCCAUCUUUUGUAAGCUUUGGUAUCUACGAGGCCAUGUCAGUUUGAUCCGGUGGGUUUUGCCUUCUCAGCUCCUGAGAAGGAACAUGGUGUGCGCUGAGGGAAGGACAUGGUCAUUAAAAACCAUACCAAAAUGCAUGAGCAUUAUCCAUUAUCGGAUGAUUCGGGUACCUUUGUUACGGA